AUGAGCAGCGGCGGCGGGCGCACGGGCGCCCGAGUGGCCGUGAAGAUGGAGGUGGCGCCUUUCUACGCCGAGGAAGGGCUGGAGCUGCUCCCGGACUUCGUGCAACUGCCGGGCUUCGGCGGCGGGCCCGGCGCCGGGGGAGCCACGGGGCUGGCGGCGGCCGAGGACAGCGGGGCGGACCCACACAAGCUGCUCCUGGCCGGGAAGAAGCCGCCGCGGGACUUGGUCGGGGCGGCUUCCCCCAGCGCUGUCCUGCCUCCGGCGGGGCCCUUCGCUUCGCUGCGCCCCCGGGUGAGCGCCGUGCACCGCCUCAUCCCAGAGACGCCGGUCAGCGGCGGGCCGGAGGUGGGCCCGAGCGCCUUGCAGCCUUUGCUGAAGCUGCCGGCCGCCGCCGACCUAGAGCAGCUGCUCAUCCAAGCGGGUAGCCCGGGCCUGGCCGGCCCAGCCAGCCCCACGGGUGGCGGGCCCUCGGGGGCGGGGGCCGCCGGCGGGCCCUUCCUCUACCGGCCCCCGGCUCUGGAGGAGCCGCAGACGGUCCCGGAGGCGCCGGGGGUGGUAGUGCCGCCCCCGGCCCCCGCGCUCUCGUCCGGCGAGUCCCCGCCGCCCCCCUCCUCGCUGUCCCCGCUGGACGCCGAGAGCCAGGAGCGCCUGAAAGCCGAGCGCAAGAGGCUGCGCAACCGCAUCGCCGCCUCCAAGUGCCGCCGGCGCAAGCUGGAGCGCAUCGCCCGCCUGGAGGAGAAAGUCAAGGCGCUCAAAGGGCAGAACGCCGAGCUGGCCGCCACCGCCAGCCUCCUGCGCGCCCAGGUCAACCAGCUGCAGGGCCGCGUCCGGAGCCACCUCUCCAGCGGCUGCCACAUCAACGCGGCGGCUCCCGGCCAGACCUCGGCAGCCUCCGGCCAGCCCCCGGGCAGGGAAGGACCCACAGAGCCGGAGACCAGUGCCUGCUGA